ACUACACGCCAAUGAAGACAAAGGCCCCAGAGAUGCGUCCCAUAAAGGUGAAGGAGCCGUUGGAACUUAUAGGAGUCGACUUGGUCGGUGGGGCAAGCCUGCAAGGAUCCUGACUGAUCAGGGACGUGAGUUUUGUUCCUCGAUCAACGACGAACUCUGCAAGUUCUACGGGAUCCGGAGGAGUAUCACGUCUGCCUACCAUCCGCAGACUAAUGGACUGGCAGAGAGAGUUAACCAGACUCUGGAGACCAGGCUUUCCAAGCUCUGCAACGCAACCAAGACUGACUGGCCAAACUUCCUGGAUGAAGUCGCCUAUAGCAUCCGCACCCAAAAGCAGCGGACCACCGGGUUCACACCUUUCCGGUUGAUGUUUGCUCGUGAGCACCGGCCACUUCACCAGGAAGAAAAUACAUUUGCUCCUGAGGCUUCUGCACAAACAGAGGGAAGGAGCACCACACCAGAAUUCUUUGAAGAACUUAUUGAACUGCCCUCUUCCGAGGACAUUGCGGAGUGUGUCGAUGAGCAGGACCAGAGGCGUGAAGAACUGCACUCCAAGCGGGAACAGAGAGUUGAAGCAGCCCAAGAAAAGCAGAAGGCUGAGUACAGGAACAGGAAAGCAAGAGGAGUGAAGACCUUCAACUUCUGUGUAGGGAUGAAGGUUCUUAAAAGAAACCUUCGCAAUGAGACUCGGAAGGGUGGGAAAAUGGAGCAGAAGUGGACUGGUCCAUACAAAGUCCUUGACAUCGACUCCUCAAACCGUGUGGCACUUGAGGCUGUGAGUAAUGGGAAGAAGCUCAAGAGCCGUACUCCAUACAACAACCUGAGGCCAUUCCUCCAGAGCCAGUUGCACUGUGACAGACACUUAUUGGACCACAGAGAUGGACUGCAGCCCUCCAGCAUUCAGGGACCUGUACAGCCAUCACCUGACACCUCACAGUUGCCUGCUGAACUGAACAGCCUGGAGGGACAGCAGCACUGUGAAGCUCGCCUGGCUCCUUCCCUGCAACGAGAGGUUCCCCUGGCCCCUGCCCAUGGAAAUCCAAGUGAAGCGGCAAGGGAAGUAUCCAUUGAAGGGAAGUGGUUGACAGACCUACACAUAGAUCAUGCACAGCAUUUGCUCGGAAGCAGUUUUCUCAAUGUUUCAGGUUUCCAGUCUACUGUUGUCUUUCAAACUGCAAAAUGUGUGCAUGUUAAAAGUCCCAUUAAUUCCUUUGUCCAAAUUUUACAUGUACACAACAAUCACUGGCUUACAGUAAGUAACCUUCAAUGUAAUGAUAACACUGUCAAGGUUUAUGACAGCUUAAACAACAGCUUGGGAAUCUCAAACAAAUUUGAUUGCCAGCUGGCUGCUCUACUAAACUGUAGUUCACAAUUUAAAGUAGAAUAUGUAAAAGUUCAGCAGCAGGAGGGACACUCAGAUUGUGGUUUGUUUGCUAUUGCUUUUGCUACCAGUCUUUGUUUUGGCAUCCCACCUGCAACUCAAAAUUUUGUUCAGAAAGACAUGAGGAGCCACCUUGCAUCCUGCUUUCGGAAGGGGGUACUGGAACCUUUCCCAGUCUUUCCCUCUACCAUUACCCCUACAAGUAGCAAGUGUUAUGUUGUGGAUUUGUGUUUACAGUGUAGGAGGCCCAAGUCUGACAAUGGCAGUUUGAUCAAGUGUAUGUUGUGUAACAGCAUGUAUCAUGCUACUUGUGUGGGGGUUUCUACUGACAUUUUUGUUUGUGCUGCAUGUCAGCAGGAAAUAAUGUACCUUUAAAUAUUCUCUCUCUCUCUCUCUCUCUCUCUCUCUCUCUCUCUCUCUCUCUCUCUCUCUCUCUCUCUCUCUCUCUCUCUCUCUCUCUCUCUCUCUCCUGUGGCAGAGUCCCCCGUCAUAGGUGUAACUAUUGUUAUACCGGAGGCUGGAGUUGACGACUUCACAGCUGCCCUGGAUAAGGUCUCCACUGAGGCUUCUAAUGACUCCCUGUUUGUUCUCCACACAGGUACGAAUGCCAUCACCACAACCCGGUCUGAGGAACUGCUGGACAAGUACUCUAGGCUUAUCCAUCGGUACAAAUCUAAAUCCCCCUAACAUUUUGAUUUCAGGAGUUUUUCCACAGAAGUGGGCAGAGAGUGACUUCUUCAGCAAGGCUUUCAGCCUCAACAACUGCUUACAGACUCUGCAGGGAGCUUGACGUUGAGUUCUUUAAUGCCUGGGACAAUUUCUAUGGCCAGAGUGAGCUCUUCCACAGGGGCGGAAUACGCCUGUCCCCCACUGGGGCAGCCAGAUUCGAAAGGCUCCUAAACGACGCAGUACGUGACACCCGAUCAAAAAAACUCUCGGCCACGUCCCUCCAUCCCGCCCGUGUAAAUAGACGCCAUGCAUCGCAACAAACGCGAAACUGUGAAUCCGCAAGUACCACCACCUCAAUUACCAAGCCUCAAAAUAACUUUAAAGUCCUUAGUUUCAAUGUACAUAACCUAAGAAACUUCGAUGAAUUGAAAUGUAUUGCUCUAACAGAAAUUUUUUGACGUCAUUGCUAUAACAGAAACAUUUAUCAACACCACAAAUAUUGAUUUAAGUUCAGAACACAAUAUAGAUGGCUACAGACUCUUCAACUAAAACAGUGUUAACCGUAGAGGUGGUGGGGUUUCCCUUUUGGUCAAAAGCUAUUUGCAACCCACUGACAGAACACCAAGAGACAGUAAAGUUGAACAUUUGUUCGUGUGAGUAAAUAUUGCAAAAAUCUAUUUAAAUCUAUCUGUCACCUACAGACCUCCAGGGAAAAUCACUCCAAGAAUAUGUUGAAAUGUAUGGCGUUUUAAGGCAGUCACUUAACCCGGGAAAGCCCAAUGUCACCUACUGGUGACAUUUUUUUAAAUGGUCAUAUCUCUAACCCUUUACAGAAAUUUGCAUUGAUCAUUCGUUUAUAAUGUUGUUUUGUAGUGCCCCCAAAACGAACAAAUAACGUCUGGACAUUAAUUUUCCUCUACAAACCUAUCGAGAAAGGUUCAAACCGUUGUCGAAGGAUAUAACCUUCCCUGCAUAAUUAUUAGUUAUGGUAACUGGCGAUCAGCGGCACGCACUCCCCCUCUCUCCUAUCCGUUGUUUCUCUUACCCCCUCCCACUUCACGUGGUAACCCCCGCCUCCACCGCGCUGGGCGAGGUUAGUCAUCUGAUACCCUUCGCCCUGCUCGCAGGUAGGCGCUGUUCUCCCUGGAUAUAACUUCCCAGUUAAAAUUACAGUGUUCACAUGAUUUAUAGGGGUUACCACAGUUAGUCAUCUGAUACCCUUUGCCCUGCUCACAGCUAACAGUGGGUGCCCAUGGCACCUUCGCCAUCCCGGUGAAUGGAACAGCCAGCCCAGGAGCCAUGAGACAUCACCUCGCCGGCAGAUAAGCCAUCCCUCAAUGCCUGCAACCACCUCCUCCUCAGUCAUAUUGGGAAGCCCCUUUUAAUUUCUUUCCCCAACACACACACUAGUUAGGAUGGGUGUCAAAUUGUUGUGUUUGUGAGGGGUUUAGCGAUCUUCCCCCCUUUCGUGGGUUCUGUGACGCAUCAAGAUAUGUAUGGAAAAGUGCUGAUGUGAAUGUCGCUAGGCGAGUUUCGUGACUGGUAGGAGGAAGGGGAGUGUUGUCGUCGCCUAUAUAUUAAUAAAUGUUUAUUCCCCCCAUUUCUUUGUAUGUAUUGCGCUAUCUUGUAAUAUUGGUAAUAACAGAAUAAUGACAGGGUUGUGACUAUAGAGGCCUCCGUCGCCCUUGGUCCUUUUAAGACUCGCUGUCCCGUCGCCGUUAAAGGAUAGGUUGAGUUAAAUCGUCGAAAGAACAUUUAGUGCUCCUGUUUUUUAUCCCUCAUUACCUAUGCCAAAACAAUGUAUUCCUGCAAUAUAAAAACAACUUUAAAUAACUUUUCCUCUGUGUUUCUCAACAGUUAAAUGCUUAAUGAAAAACCUAGCGAGUGUAACAGCACAAUGAUUAUUUGUUACUAUGAGGUAAUCUCCAUGAAACUCACGACUGUCACCUCGAGGUGACAUUGGGCAUACACUCAACAAUUCAGUCUUUUUCCACUGAGUGUGGUUCAUUGUUUUCUGGUUUCAGUUUGACUCGUCAUGAGAUUGCAACAAUACUUGAGGUUGUAAUGAAGAAUUAGAUACACCUGUUAAGUGUUUUGAAUAUCUAUAAUUCAAUUAUGAUACAUUUUCUUGUGGCUGAGUGGUUAGCGUGCGGGCCCCACGUGCACAGCGUUCUGAACGACGCUAUUUUCUGCCACUAACACCUGGGAUUUUCAGUCACCACCAAGUGGCCUAAGACUACCCCCAUGCUGUCAUGAAGACCACCCAUCAACCCACACUAUAGAAAAAAAGUCCAAGUCAUUUAGGAAUGAGCUCUUGUGUUGAGCAUGAGCCAGGAAAAGAUGGCGCCACUAUAAACACUUGCCUGCACCAAGAUGGGCUGGGGCCGACCACCAGGCCCCUCAAGAUAGCCUACCGGUGCUACAGGCUCCAGUGUAAAAAAAAUACAAUAUUAUAAAAGAAACCAAAUCUCCCACAAAUAUUCUUUGAAUAAAAAUUCAUGUACUAAACAUAACUCACAAAGAAAUGAAGGUGUUCAUUCCUGUUCUGUUGUUGAGAGUACUUGACACCUAAGUACAUUCGCAUUUUUAGCGAAUCAAAACCGGAUGUGAACAAUUAAUAUGUUUCAAGCAAUUAUUAGAAGGAACAUAUUCUCUGAAAUUCAUCACUAUCUCCACACUUGUGACACCUUAGAUCUGCUGGGAGUCGGCAAAUUGGGGAUGUCAACGAGAUGUCCAGGUGGUGGGGGUGUAAAGAGGAGAGUACACUAGAUGGUAAGGAAGACCAUGAUGGUGUACGCACAAAAGUGCCCUCAAGAAAAGCCAGAGUUGCUGAGUUUCAUGACCUAACCACUAACCAGUCAGGUGUCGGAAAUGUAAAGCUGUUCUCCGUGUUCACAGUUGGUGUGCUCUCAUACAAAACAAGAGUCUGCGGCACUUAGUAAAAGGAAGCUCUUCAUUGCAAUUUGUCCACUAUUCAUGGAAUAAUGAUAUUUUCCUAUAAAAUGCUUUUGUAUGUGAGUUAUGUAUUUAUUUAUGUUCUAAUAGAAUUAUGCUAAAAACACAUAACUUAAUACUGAAAGGAGACAUGUUGACAUGAAUACAGAAAAAAAUAUCUGGAAUAUAAAGAAAAGUUUUUUUUAACAACGACUUCGUUGUGUCAUUGCCCAAUGUUACCUCUAGGUGUCACCCUUUUUGUGCAAAAAGUAAAAUAUAUAGAAGAAAAAGUUCUCCGUAAAAGUUCCUUAAAAUUGUAUUAUCAAAUAUAUAUAUUGUAAUUGGACAAAGAAAACUUGAUAAAAUAUGAAAUGGGCUUUCUUGAGUUAAUAACAGUGACUCACUGAUAUUAGGAGACUUUAACCUCCCCCAUAUCGACUGGGUAACACUGUCAGGUACAGAAGGAGUCACAUAGAAUGAUCGAAUUUUCAGAAAAUUACCUAAGCCAAAUGGUAUCUGAACCAACUUGACAAAAUAACUUACUAGACCUUGUUAUAGUAACCCUAGAUAGGUUCUUGUGAUCAUAAAUCAGUGCUCGUCGACAUUAGAGCUCGAACAACAGUGACUGAAAAUAAAUUAAAGGUGCCAAAUAUCAAAAGAGCUAAUUUCGUAUAAACUUCUUAUUCGAGAAUAAAGAUGUAAUACUUCCGCUCUACAGUAGUUUAGUCAGACUCCACUUGGAAAAUGCUUUAUAGUUUUGGUCUCCCCACCAUGCAAAGGACAUUGCUAAAUUAGAAGGUGUUAGUGUCGGGCAACGAAAAUGAUCCCUUCCUUGCACAACAAACCCUACGAAGAAAGGCUUUCCACCCUUAACAUGUUCUCUCAUGAGAAACGUCGCCUCCGAGGAAAAGUGAUCGAAUGUUUUAAAAUACUUGAUGGUUUAACAAAUGUAGACAGAUCAACAUUGUUUAUGAUCGAUGACACUUUACGUACGAGGAACAAUGGCAUAAAACUCAAUGUAAAUUCAGACUGCACCAAAUUUUUCUUCACUAACGUUGUAGUGCGAGAAUGGAAUAAGCUCCCACCGUCAGUGGUCCAGUGUAACACGAUUGACUCCUUCAAAAACAAGCUUGACCGUCACUUCCUUCAACUUAAUAUCAACUUGAGUUGAAAUGCAUCAUUUUAGAGCCUUCUGAUUAAUGUAGAAUCACUUAGGUUUAAGGACAGUCCACCUAGUCUGGACCAUGGGGUCUGUGUGGUCUGAUUUUCUAUGUAAAUCUCUCUCUCUCUCUCUCUCUCUCUCUCUCUCUCUCUCUCUCUCUCU